AUGUGUGAGGGAUUCAAUGGUACAAAGUCAAUAUUGGCAGCCAGAGAUAGACCAAUAUUGUCGAUGUUGGAGCGUAUUAGGAUGUACAUGAUGCAAAGGCUUACUAAAAAUAGGCAUUCAGUUAUAAUGUGGGAGUCUAGCAUUGCACCAAGGGUCGCAACUGUUCUUGAAAAGAACAAGGUAGAAGCUGGAAGUCACAUUCCCACCAAAGGGAGUGAAUUUAUGUACCAGGUGAUGAACAUGUACGGGGGCAUGUACUCUGUCGAUUUGGCAAAUUGGGUCUGCUCUUGUAGAAGAUGGGAACUCACUGGUAUUCCAUGUAGCCAUGUUGUUGCUGCUAUUUGGCAUAAAAGAGAGGAUCCAGUGACAUAUGUCUCGAAAUGGUAUACCAAGGAAUACUACAUGAAGGCAUACUCUCAGCAAAUUUUUCCAAUUAGGAAUCAAGAUGAGUGGCCUAGAAGUGGCAAGGUUGGAAUGAUUAAGCCAAUUGGGAAGACUCAACCUGGUAGGCCUAAGAAAAGCAGAAGAGUUGAACUUGAUGAGUUGGCUCCACCAAUAGCCAAGAAAUUGAAACGAAGAUAUGUGAGAAUGAGAUGUUCUGGCUGUGGAAAAGACAACCCCCCAGCUGAUCCUAUUACUUAUGCUAGAAAUAGCAGUCAGCCAGAAAAUGUUUCAGUGAGUUCAGCAACAAAUGUAAGUUCUCUACAAGGAAUAAUGCCACCACCUCAGCAAGUUCCAUUCAACCCACCCCGGCAAGGUAGCAACACAGUUGCAACAAGGACCAAACAUAUUUAG